AUGCUCGACUUACUCCCAAAGGAGCUGAUCAUUGAGACCCUUAAUCUUCUUCCAUCACAAAGCCUUAUCGCCCUAACAGAGACUUGUAAAUUAUUUAAUGAAAUUGUCAGUGAAAAUUCACAUUUGACAGAGAAUCUCGAGCUGCACUUUGUGCCUGAAAAUAAGAUUCUUACAUGGACUGGAUAUCGGAAGUACUCUAGAGUCUAUUUGGAAGGAACGGCUGCAAAGUAUUAUAGAGAAAUUUUCAUGGACAUUUCUGAUAAUUUGAAGGAGCUGCAAGUGAUUUGCCUGAACAUGGAAGCAGCAAUUUUGAAGGAAAUUUUAAUAAAUUGCGUAAAUUUAAAGAAACUUUUAGUCAAGGACAAUAAGAUCAGCUACAAGAAUGAGGACUUUGAGGAGCCACUGCCACAAUUGAGUCUACAUACUUUACAUUACAGGAACUUUACGCUGCAGUCGACGGAAAUAUUUAAAAUUUUAAAAAAUUGUCAGGUUCGUGAGAUGAAAAUUGUUGGAUUCUCAUCAACUUGUGAGACGCUUAGGAAGUUUAUUAAGGCACAGACUGACAUGCAGUCAUUUGCACUCCAUGACGCUGACAAAAAUUCAUCAAUUUUCAGCAAUGACGUCCUUAGUUCCUUGGAUUUUAAACUCACAAAGUUAACACUUGAUAAAUAUUCCGAUGACUGUGAUGGACUUGAGAACUUCCUGCAGAACCAUCGCAGUUCCUUACAGCAAGUCGAGCUCAAUGAAGUCAAGCAGGACGUCCUUAAAUUACUUCAAAAUUUUCCAUUUAUUCGAAAACUCAAAAUUUUUGAAAUGUUUUUUAGAAAAGAAUUUCCAACUCUGAUGAAUAAUAUUAAGGAACUGACCAUUGGAUAUGAUGUGACUGGCAGCUGGGCUGUAAAUUUUUCAAAUCUCCGGUUCCUAAGAAUAACUUGGAUUAGAUUUAAAAAGGAUUUAAUACAAAUUGAGGAACUCAAAAAAUUGGACAGACUUGAAAUUGAGUUUUGUUGUGUUCCUGAAUUUUCAAUCCCGUCUGUAAGAACCUUAAGGCUGUCAGAUGUUGGAUUCUCUGGUAAACGGCCAUUUCAACUCGAAAAUAAUCAUAUUGAAGAUCUGACAAUUGAACAUUGCUCACAUGCUGAAUGGCUGAUUGAGUACCUUAAGUUUCAUUCGAAUAGCCUGAAAAUUCUGAGAAUUAAGGAGACUGACUUGAGUGUUGACUGUCAAAAAGUUGUCAAUUGUAGUAGAAACAAGUUUAUUGUUCAAAUAUUUAAUUGA